AUGAUUUUCCCUUUUAUGUUUUUGGUAGGUGAACCAUGGGAAUUUAGUGAAGCUAGAUGGUUUUUGCAUAGACCCUAAAGAAGCAAAUUGCUAUUUAGUUUAUGAAUAUGUUGAGAAUGGUUCAUUACAUUCAUGGCUUCACGAGGGCAUAAAAGAAAAAUUGAGCUGGAAAACAAGGUUAAAAAUAGCCACUGAUGUUGCAAAUGGUCUCUUAUAUAUCCAUGAACAUACAAGACCAAGGGUUGUACACAAAGAUAUUAAGAGUAGCAACAUUCUCCUAGACUCAAACAUGAGAGCCAAAGUUGCCAAUUUUGGACUUGCUAAAUCAGGCUGCAAUGCUAUAACGAUGCACAUUGUUGGAACUCAGGGCUACAUUGCCCCCGAGUAUCUCACCGAUGGUAUUGUAUCGACUAAAAUGGAUGUUUUCUCAUUCGGGGUUGUGUUGCUCGAGCUUAUGUCAGGGAGAGAAGCUAUCGACGAUGAAGGGAAAGUUUUGUGGGCUAAAGUUGGCGAAAUCUUGGAAGGGAGUGAAGAGAGAAAAGUGAAGAAAUUGCAAGAAUGGAUGGAUGAUAGUCUUCUUAGAGAGGAAUGUACAAUGGAGAGUGUUAUGAAUGUGAUGUCUGUGGCCAUUUCUUGUUUGAAUAAAGAUCCUUCAAAAAGGCCUAGUAUGGUGGAAAUUGUGUAUGCUUUGUCUAAAAGUAUUGAUCCGUUUUCUGAUAUAUCAGAAGAGGGAUUAUCUCCAAGGCAAGUGACAGCAAGAUAGACUACAAGUUAUGGUCCUAGGAGGACGUGGUACCUAUGUUGCGUGGACUUUUCAAAAUGAUAUCGCAUCCGUAUUCAAAUUCUCUAAAAAUGCACUAUUUUUAGAGAAUCUGACAAACCUCCAGAGACAUUUUUGGAGAGCUCAGGCAACACAGCUUGGUACUUCAGUAUCGUAGCGUUUGGUAUUCGAACAUUAGCUCAAGGUAUUUUCUCUAGUAAUGCAGAGUCUAUAUAAGUAGAGCAUAUUAUGUAAACUAGUUUUGAAGUGGAGUAGCAUUUUGUAUUUUUGAGGUUUUUAUUUUACUUAAAAGUUUGCUUCUAUGUGUAAUACUCUUUUAGUAGUAGUAUUUUUCUUUUAUUUUUCUAGCCGUAGUGGAAAAUCCUUUUGAAAUAUGUAUUCAGUGGUGCUGAUAUCUUCGAGUGUGAGAAUAAAUAACUCGUUGAGCUUGUUUGUUAUUGCAAAAUAUUGAAAAGGGAUGGAGAAAUUAGUUUAA